ACCAGCUGUUGAAACAAUCAACCAGUUAAAAUGGCUGCUGCAACCACAUAAAUCAUUUCUUUCCAAAACGUAUUGACAAGUAUAGUGAGUAUAUUGCACAGGAAUUGACGCUCAGCCUAAGCAGUUCGCCAACAACGAUCAACAUUCCAAUUCACGCGAAAACAAUGUCGCGCUUCAACAAAAAAAACGACAUUAGCAACUAUAACAAUUGUGUGCGUAGCUGUUACAAUUAUCUGGCGUUAAUUGGCGUCCUUUUGUGCUGUGGUUGUCCGUUGACAGCAUCUAUUGCAGUAACCGAGAAUGUCGAUAAUCAACGUUAUCUACAAAAUGUGGCCAUUGCCAGUGGGAGCAACAGCGAUCGACUGCACCAAAUGCUGAAAGGUGUCGGUGCGGCUGAGCCAAAUUGGCCUCAACGUGCCAAGCAGGAAGUGACCGACGUAAAGACAGAGAUGGCCAAACUGAAUACAACUUAUGUCUACCAGAACGCCUGGCCAGCGAAUAAUGUGAAACUGGGCGCCGUCACUGCUGUUAGUUUUGAUAAGGCCGGCAAUGUCGUCGUAUUUCACAGAGUCGAUCGAAUUUGGAGCCAGACAACGUUUAACAAUUCAAACGUAUAUCAGGAGCGCAGCAAGGGACCCAUUAGGGAGAACACUGUGCUCGGCCUAGAGCCCGAGUCGGGCAAAGUGCUUUAUUCGUGGGGUAAAAAUUUCUUUUACAUGCCCCAUGGUUUGAGCAUCGAUCCCGAGGAUAAUGUCUGGGUAACCGAUGUGGCCUUGCAUCAGGUAUUCAAGUUCCCACCACGAGGCGCAGGUGGCAAACCAUUGCUCACCCUUGGCUCUGCCUUUCAUCCUGGCAUUAAGAACAAAUUCUGUAAGCCUACCGCGGUGGCCGUGUUGAAUAAUGCAGAUUUCUUUGUGGCGGAUGGCUACUGUAAUGCGCGCAUUAUCAAAUAUUCAAAGCAUGGCGAACAGAUCCUAGUCUGGGGACAAAACUCCUUUGCUGGCUUCUCCUACGAUGUAGCGCCACCCAAUUUCUUCGCCAUUCCACAUGCAUUGACGUUGGUGCCCGAACUGGAGCUGCUGUGCGCAGCAGAUCGUGAAAAUGGACGCGUGCAAUGCUUCUACUCGAACAAUGGGACAUUCCAUUCGCAAUACCACAAUCCACUCAUUGGCGAUCGUCUGUUCAGCAUGGCCUAUACACCUGCUGCAGGCGGAGAGCUGGUGAUUGUUAAUGGACCCACCGCCGAACUGGGUGUAGCUCCAACGGACUCCAACUUAGUGUAUGGCUUUGUGAUGAACAUGCGCACCAAGCAGUUGAUCUCCAAGUUCGGUCCGAACAAUCUACAAUUCGAGAAUCCACACGAUGUGGCCGUUACCGAAGAUGGCAAUUGCAUCUAUGUGGCUGAGCUGAACCCUAUGCGUAUACACAAAUUUGUGCACAAAUCCAUUUCGAAGCCGAUGUCCCUGUCUGCUCUGAAGACCAAUAGCAGCGCUAAAAGCGAACCGGCAACAGCAACAAAUAUGUCUGAAACAAUUAACAAUAUUGAUCAAACGCAAACAGCGCAUCAUCCUAGUGGCAAGGCGAUAAUGGUGGCAUCAAUGAUGCUCCUGUUCGCUGGCUCUACAUUUGCGUUGGCGCUGAUUAUGGCGCGCCGUCGCAAACGAGGUAAUCAAGCGAUCAGUUCAAUGCCGCCCAGUGAUUUGGUCUAUCGCCAGCUGGCAGCAUCCAAUCAAAGUUGCCUGCCCUUUGGCACACACAACCGCCGUCAUGCCUGGGAGAAGACGGAGGGUUUUAAGCUGGGCGGCCUGCUCGAUCGGAACGGGUUCGAGAAGCUCGAUCAGAAUGCCAGCGAUGAGGAGCAGGAGCAGGAAACGACAUCGCUUUCACAGUAUGCCUAGUUUCCGCACACACACACACACACACACCUGGACCAAGAGACUUAUCUAUUUUGUAAAUCUAACUAAGCGCCAUUCAUAUAGUUCUAGUUCUAAAUACCUCAAUGAAUUUA